AUGUCCAGCUGGAAGUCCCUCUUUAACUUCACGGCUCGAAGCCACCUCCCGAGUCUGAUCAUUGGAUCCAUCUUCGCACUUCUUGCCGGCUGUGUGACCCCCGUGCUGGCAGUCUUCUUCGGUGAUGUGUUUGAUGCCUUCACGGUAUUCGGCGCCGGACAGAUAGAGGUUGACGAGCUGCAUCGCAAGAUAGGGAAGGGUUGCCUGGGCAUGGUCGGGCUUGGAACAGCAGGAUGGUUUCUCAACGGCGCUUACUACGCCGCAUUCAUCGCCUUUGCGGAGCUCCAGGUGUCGACUAUUCGAGAAAAUGUCUUUAUUGAGCUGCUGAGUCGUGACCUGGCAUGGUUUGAGGCUCAAACAGAAGGAUCUGGUGCUCUCUUUUCCGGCAUCCAAGCACAAAUGCAGGACUUGAAAAUGGCAACCUCGCAGCCUCUGGGUCUGAUCAUACAGUACUCGUGCCGAUCGAUCGCGUCGCUUAUCCUGGGCUUCUACACUUCGUGGAGUCUGUCGCUCGUCACUCUCGCAGGUAUUCCGGUAUUCUCCUCCAUAAUCGCUUACCUCUCCACAAGGAUGAAGAUGAGCAUCACGGCUCAACAGGGUGAGCUCACUCAGGCUUCCAAAACCGCGAGUAACGCCAUCGCCAACAUCGACACAGUGAAAUGUCUCAACGGCCAGCGGAUUGAAGUUCGCAAGUUCUCACACAGAAUCCACAAUGCCGCUUUUUACUACCUCCGACAGGCAAGACUGAACUCCCUCCAAAUCGCGUUCAUCCGAUGGAUGAUAUUCGGGAUGUUCGUGCAAGGGUUCUGGUAUGGAAGUGCGCUGGCUCGAGCAGACAAGCUGACAUCUGGUCAAGUGCUUCGCACAUUCUGGGCUUGCCUAACUGCAGCGCAAUCAAUUGAACAGAUUCUACCUCAGAUUAUUGUGAUUGAAAAGGGAAAGGUUGCUGGAAUGCAGCUGAAGUCUAUCAUCCAGACUCGCAAGGAAGACAGAAGACAAAGUGAGACGCAUGGCCUUUCGUACCCCUCGCAUUGCGAGGGUGAUAUUGAAGUCAGAAACGUCUCAUUCGCAUACCCAAGUCAACCAGACAGGCAAGUUCUAUGGCCAUCGUCCUUCUUCUUUCCCGCCGGAGAAACCACAUUUGUGAUCGGCAAGAGCGGAUCAGGCAAAAGCACACUCGGUCAACUACUCAUGCGGUUCUAUGUUCCAAAGUCGGGUCAAAUAUUCAUCGAUGGAAAGCCCCUGAGCAGUUUGAAUACCCACUGGAUCCGAAAUAACAUUACGCUCCUCGAGCAACGCAGCGUUCUGUUCAACGAUACGGUUCUGCAAAACAUUGCCUUUGGAAGCAGAAACCCCCACCUGGCGCUGACGGAUCAGUUAACGAACGCAGUUGACCUCGCCGCGCUCCAGAAUACGAUUGACGGUCUGCCCAAGGGUCUGGAUACAUGUGUCGGCCCCGGUGGAAGUUUCUUGAGUGGCGGACAACGACAGCGACUUGCGAUUGCCCGAGCAAGAAUGCGCGAUACGCCGAUCCUUAUUCUGGAUGAGCCCACCAGUGCUCUGGAUCAUACAAGUCGAAUUGCAGUGAUGCAAGCCAUCCGGGAGUGGCGCAAGGGAAAGACCACGAUCAUCAUUACCCAUGACAUGGCCCAGAUUCAAGCUCAUGACUUUGUUUACAUCCUGGAGAAUGGCCAUACUGUCUAUUCCGGAUAUCGACGACAUGUCGAGAUUGAACCGGGAGCACGUAAAUACUUUGAGACGGAGCGUCAGCGCGAACCAAAGGAGUCGAAGCCGCUUGAGAAACACCUGAGUCAAGCAUCCAGCUUCUACCAUGAGGGUUCGCAUUAUGAUGAUUCGGACAAUACUCUAGAGGAUCUCCACCCUGUCAUGCCUCGACGGGCGCGUCAGGACACCAGAAAGUCAUGGGCACAGCACCACCUUCCUCCAAGCUUCCGCACGAGCACAUUCCAAAUGGCUUCGAUGCAAUACGGUACGUCCCUCAACCGCUCUGAUGACCUUCCGAAUGCCAGCUCGAAUGCUCGGACAAGCAAGAAUUCCCCCACACUGGACAUACUAGAUGAACGCCCGCCAAGGAGAGAGGUGACCUCCUCAGGCUGGCUCGAUGACCCCCAGGUAAGACCCACUGGAAAUCAAAUGCGUAAGAUGAAGGGGAAGGCCCCAGACGUCGAAAGAGCAGACGUAAGAUCGCUCCAUGAUUCACACAUCCCAGUCCGACAGGACUCGAAUCGGGAUAGAAUAUCCCACCGGCAGUCGCUUAGACAUCUGAGAAUAUCGAAGCGAUUGAAGAAGCAAAAGGCAACGCCACUUUCUACGAUCAUGGGUACGAUGAUUCCCAGCCUGACUUACAAGCAACAGUUCAUUCUGUUUUUGGGCGUCAUAUCUUCUCUUGCCCACGCUAGUGCAACCCCAAUUUUCUCAUACUGUCUCUCCAAGCUCUUCGCCACUUUCUAUGCAGGAAGCGAUAGUGCAAAGCUAGCCAUGAAGUGGUCCCUCGCAGUACUGGGUGUGUCUGUCGGGGACGGCCUCGCUUCGUUCUUCAUGCACUAUUUCCUAGAAUUCUCCGGCGAAAUCUGGAUGGAUACUAUCCGCAACCGGGCAUUCAAACGAAUCAUGGACCAGCCUAAGGCAUGGUUCGAGAAGGAUGGAAAUAGCGCUCCAAAACUAGUGGCGUAUUUGGACCAAAAUGGCGAGGACAUGCGCAACCUGCUAGGCCGGUUUGCUGGAUAUGUCAUCGUGGCAAUUUCGAUCACCGCCAUGGCCAUCAUCUGGAGUUUGAUUGUGUGCUGGAAAUUGACUCUUGUUGCUCUGGCUUGUGGGCCUUUUAUUUAUGCCAUCACUCGUGGCUUCGAGGUAAUUAAUGGCAUGUGGGAGCGACGGGGCAAUGCAGCUAACAGCCUCGUCUUUGAGAUUUUCGACGAGACCUUUUCGGAAAUCCGGACGGUGCGGACCUUGACUUUGGAAGGAUAUUUCCACCAUAAGCAUCUGAAUGCGGUCUCGAACUCUUUGACGGUGGGCUUGAAGCGGGCCAUUUACACAGGCUUGCUUUUCGGCAUGGUUGAGUCGACCGUGAUAUUUGCCAGUGCGUUAAUCUUCUACUAUGGAGGAGCCCUUGUGGGCUAUGAAUACGACGUGAAUUCCGUGAUGAUGGUGUUUUCGAUGCUUCUUUUCAGUAUUGGGUACGCGGCCCAGAUUCUAUCGUGGAUUCCCCAGAUCAACACCUCCCGCGAAAUCGCAUCGAAGCUCCUCCGACUUGCAGCACUGCCCCGCGACCAAUCUCACGAGCACAAGGGCCACAUUGAGGCCACCACUCUUACCCCAAUCAUGUUAAGCAAGACCAAUUUCCGAUACCCAUCGCGACCCAAGACGCUCGUCCUGAAAGAUGUGUCAAUCACCAUCCAGCAAAACUCAUGCACCGCUAUUGUCGGUCGUUCUGGAUCGGGCAAGUCCACCAUCGCCUCCCUCAUCCUAGCCUUGUAUGAGGCUCCCAUCACCCCAUCUGGUCGAGCUACUGUGACCCUCGGUGGCCGUGAUAUUCUGCACCUACAUGUCCCCACCCUUCGCUCACAGAUCGCAGUCGUCUCACAGCAACCCACUCUCUUCCCCGGCACAAUCAGUGACAACAUCACCUACGGUAUGGACAUGCACUCCCCACUAACCUCAACCUUCCAUGUUCGCGCGGCCGCCGGAGCUGCCGGAAUUGACGAUUUCAUCUCGUCGCUGCCAAUGGGCUACGAGACCGUCGUCGGAGACGGGGGCAUUGGCCUUUCAGACGGCCAGAAGCAGCGUCUCGUGAUCGCCCGCGCUCUUAUCCGUCAGCCCCAGAUCCUCAUCCUGGAUGAAGCUACCUCUAGCCUUGAUCCGGCCGGCGCCCGAAUCGUCCGGCGUACGAUUCGUCGGCUUGUCGCUGCUCGCAAGAACCUGACCGUCCUCAUCAUCACGCACGCCAAGGAGAUGAUUGAGAUCGCGGACCAUGUCGUUGUCCUGGAUCAGGGCGUUGUCGUUGAGGAUGGGUCUUACCAGGAGCUAGCGCAUCACGCCGGCGGGAAAUUGUACGAGUUGAUCCACGAUGGAAACUCGGAUGUUUGA